CAGGCAAAUUUUACCGAAACUAAAAGUUUACUGAGCAAGAAGAAAUACAAGAGGAUUUUCUCAGAAGCUACCGAAGAUGUCAGUCAAGACAGCUCCAGCGAUCGGAAUCGAUCUUGGAACGACUUAUUCCUGUGUUGGAGUCUUUCAACAUGGUAAAGUUGAAAUUAUCGCCAACGAUCAAGGUAACAGAACAACUCCCAGCUAUGUUGCUUUUUCGGAAACGGAACGUAUGAUCGGCGACGCAGCCAAGAACCAAGCAACAUUGAACCCAAGCAACACUGUCUUUGAUGCCAAGAGACUAAUCGGCAGGAAGUUUGACGACCCUGAUGUUCAAGCGGACAGAAGUAAUUGGCCUUUCCAAGUCAUCAACGAGGCCGGGAAACCUAAAAUCCGAGUAGAGACCAACGAGGGGUGGAAAAGUUUUACUCCAGAAGAAAUCAGCUCCAUGGUUCUGACGAAAAUGAAAGAGAUAGCUGAAGCUUACUUGGGCGAGACAGUGACGGACGCAGUCAUCACAGUGCCAGCAUAUUUCAACGAUUCACAGCGACAGGCCACUAAAGACGCUGGACUAAUAGCGGGGCUGAAUGUCAAGAGAAUCAUCAAUGAACCCACGGCUGCCGCUGUCGCGUACGGAUUGGAAAAGAACCUCAGCGGGGAAAAGAACGUCCUGAUUUUCGAUCUCGGUGGAGGAACCUUUGACGUCUCUGUACUGACAAUAGACGAAGGAUCGUUCUUUGAGGUACAGUCCACAGCCGGCAACACACAUCUCGGUGGAGAAGAUUUCGACAAUCGCGUUGUGGAUCACUUCGUGGAAGAAUUCAAGCGCAAGUUCAAGAAAGAUCUCAAGGACAACCCAAGAGCCUUACGCCGCCUGAAAACCGCUUGUGAACGAGCCAAGAGAACCCUGUCGUCCAGUACUCAGGCCAAUAUCGAGAUCGACUCACUGUCCGAUGGUAUUGAUUUCUACUCCAGGAUUACCCGCGCGAAAUUUGAGGAACUCUGUCUGGAUCUCUUCCGUUCAUGUCUGGAACCAGUGAAACAGGCACUCACUGAUUCACAGCUUGACAAAUCCAAGAUCCACGAGGUGGUUCUGGUUGGAGGUUCUACAAGAAUCCCAAAGGUACAGCAACUCCUUGCAGAAUUCUUCAGUGACAAACAGUUGAGCAAGUCGAUCAACCCAGACGAGGCGGUGGCAUAUGGUGCCGCAAUCCAGGCCGCAAUUUUAUCCGGUGACCAGAGUUCAGAAAUCAAGGACGUCUUGUUGCUCGAUGUUGCACCGCUAAGUCUCGGAAUUGAAACCGCUGGUGGAGUGAUGACCAACCUAAUUGAACGCAAUGCCCGAAUUCCAACCAACGUUUCAAAAGAGUUCUCAACCUACUCAGAUAACCAAACAGCCGUCUCCAUUCAGGUGUUUGAAGGAGAGCGAGUUUUGACCAAAUACAACAAUCAGCUGGGACGAUUUGAUCUGUCGGGAAUCCCCCCUGCACCGCGCGGCGUGCCGAAGAUCGAAGUCUCUUUCGAUGUCGACACCAACGGGAUCUUAAACGUGUCCGCCAAGGACCAGAGCACUGGAAAGAGCAACAAUAUCACCAUCACCAACGACAAGGGAAGGCUAUCCAAAGCAGACAUUGACCGCAUGGUAGCUGAUGCUAGGAAAUACAAGGAAGAAGACGAGAGGCAACGAGAAACGAUCGCUGCAAGAAACAGCUUGGAGAACUACGCCUUCAGCGUCAAACACGCAGUGGAAGAUUCAAGCGCUGAGAGCAAGCUAUGCUCCGCUGAGAUAGACACGGCGAAGAGUAAGGCCAUAGAGGUCAUUGACUGGUUAGACAGGAAUUCUCUGGCAGAGAAAGAAGAAUAUCAGGAAAAGGAGCAAGAUAUGCAAAGGGUAUGUUCAUCAAUCAUGUCCAAGUUACACGGACAGCAGCAGCAGAGGGAGAGCUCUUGGAAUAGACACAGCGCUGAAGAAAUUGAUUGAUGCAAAAAUUUGACUUUGAUUAGCUUUUGAAUCACAACUACGAGUAACUAAGACAAAAAAUAGUUUAUAUCUGAAUUCUUUAAGCAAAAUAUUGACUUUGGAUGAAGAGUACAGUCAACUUUGAAAAUUUUUCCAGUAAAAAUGUCAGCGGCAAUGUAAAAUGAGAAUCUUGUAUCACAUUUUGUAACUUUCAUUGGAUUUGCAUAAAUUUUCAUCUGCAGUUAAAGUUCAGUCGUUUAAACCUGCAUAUGUCAAGACUCCUAGAAGUGUAGGAGUGUUAAAGAUUAAGGUCAUUCCACUGAAAUAGAACCUGCCCUGAGACUUCUGUGAAA